CGCCACGAGCCGCGACUCACCCCGACUCAAUCACCGUUGGACAAUUCUCCAUCUCACGCCAUCGAAACCCUAACGUAUUUUUCUCUAUUCUCGAAGGAGAAGGAAGGAGCUAACCCUAGCUCUCAAGCUCCAAACACCGUAGACGGCCGUGCGCUCCGUCGAAGCCUCGCAUCUCUUGCUUGAAUCUUCUCCUCCGGAUCAUUUUCUUCAAUUGCAGUUAAAAGAAAUCUGAGUAAGAUGACCGGCGCUUGGACAAAUAUGAGCUUUGCUGUCAUACAUAGGGAUGUAGAGAGGGAAUGGGAGAAAUCAGGGUGGAGUUUUGGGUCUUUGUUUUUAAUUGGAAGUUGUUGCUCACUCUCAGAAGAUCUAUACAUCUGCAAAAUUUUGAGAGGGGAUGAGGAGAGCAAAUUUUAUUUCAAAUUUAUUAUAGCUGUGGAGCAUCUUGGAGCAUAUGAGCAAUGGAGCUUGUGGAGCACCGCUCACCUCGAGGAUUGCUCUCUUGCAAAACUCGUUCACUGAGCCCUUGCCGGUAUAAAAAAUGAGUGGCCGAUUUUCUCGCACAAUCUAUGUUGGCAAUCUGCCUUCGGAUAUAAGAGAAUAUGAAAUUGAAGAUCUAUUCUACAAGUAUGGUCGGAUAUUGGACGUUGAGUUGAAGAUCCCACCUCGUCCCCCUUGUUAUUGUUUUGUGGAGUUUGAGAAUUCUCGGGAUGCGGAAGAUGCAAUUAGGGGUCGUGAUGGCUAUAAUUUUGAUGGUUGUCGUCUGAGGGUUGAACUUGCCCAUGGUGGUAGAGGGCAAUCAUCUUCAAGCGAUCGUCGUGGUGGCCAUGGUAGCGGGGGUGGGGGCCGCUUUGGUGUUUCACGCCAUUCUGAGUAUCGAGUUAUUGUUCGUGGGCUUCCAAGUUCUGCUUCCUGGCAAGAUUUAAAGGAUCACAUGCGAAAAGCUGGUGAUGUGUGUUUUGCUGAAGUUUCCCGUGAUGCUGAUGGAACCUUUGGUCUUGUUGAUUAUACCAAUCAUGAAGACAUGAAAUACGCUAUUCGGAAACUUGAUGACACUGAAUUUAGAAAUCCUUGGGCAAGGGCUUAUAUUCGGGUGAAGAGGUAUGAUGUCAGUCCAAGAAGCCGAAGCCGAAGCCAUAGUCCCAGUAGAAGCAGGAGCCUAAAAAGGAACCGGAGCAAAUCAUUGGAACGAUCUGUAUCAAGAUCAGCUUCAAAAUCUAGAUCUCCAUCUCCUGUCAGGCGAUCAAGGUCCAGAUCAGCAUCUCCCCGUCCGGCCAGAUCAGGUAGCGCCUGAAUCCUGACUCCUCGACAGCCGAAGUUGGAAAUAUGCUUGUUGUAACCCUGCUUUGAUAGACAAGAGACAGUUGGGAGUGCAAGUAUUGUUAGUCGGUAUAUGAGACAUGAGUGGACUAGUUACUUGACAAAAAAAUCCUAAAACUAGGCUAUUUUAGAACUAAUAUCUAUCAUCAUUUUGUGGUUCUUGUGGAAGACACUGAAUCUUUACAGUUCAGUUGUUUUGUUCCUUUUCUAUUCCUAAAUCUGAAGUUACUGCUUACCUAUACAUUUUUUUUUGCUGA